CUCCCGUCUUCUCCCAUCUGUCACUGUCCCUCUCUCUCUCUCUCUUGUCUUCUCUCGACCAAAAGAAAUCGCCAGAGCAAUCGACGCGAACGAAGCGGAAGCCACUCUCUUGGUCAUCAGAUCGCUCGAUCGCUCCGAGGUGCAAAGGAUACGUACCUGCCAUUACUGUGACUAGCACAAUAGAUGGCUGAAGACUUGCAACUGAACGAGAUUGAAGUGAAGCUAUCCGGAGAGGUAGGUGAGAAUGAAAAAGAAAGUUUAACAAAUGGUGAUACAGACUUACCGAGUAAAGAAGGAAAUAAAGAAGAGGAGGAAUCUCCAUCAGAUGGAGAAUACAUAAAGGUAGAGAAGGAAAUAUUGGUAGAUGCAAAACAAAGUUCUCACCUGCUCAACCUGAUAAUGGAAGUGGAAGAAAACUUAAUCGCUGUCAACCAUCAAUCAGGCAAUUCAGAAGCAAAUGUCAAUUUUAUGGAAACAAGAGAGAAGAUCAAGGAGCUCAAGGUUCAAUUUGAAACCAUCCUUGCAAAAUUUAUCAGUUCAGAAGCUGAAAAAGCUUUGCUAAAAUCCAAGUUUGAACUAACAAAUGACAAGUUAGACAAAAUGAACAAGCAUCGCGAAGAGCUUGAACUUGGCCAGAAGUUGAUGAAAAAUCAGAUUUCAGAGGCUGAACGGAAGCACACUUUGCAGCUUGAAUCCCAUCAGGAAGCACUAAAGGCUACAGAGAUGAAGCAUAAGGAGCUUGUUGAUAUAAGGGAAUCUUUCACUGGGUUGUCUGCCGAGCUGGAGAGCUCAAGAAGAAGGAUAAAGGCACUUGAAGAAGAGUUACUAUCCUCAGUUAGUGAGCUGCAUAAAGCCGAAGAAAUAAGUAAAAGCAGUAGUUUGCAAGCAGAGUUAGAAUCAAGGAAAGUUCUGGAGUUAGAGAAGAUGCUGGAAGUGGCACAUGUGACUGCAAAGGAGACGGAGGCUCAAAUAAGUAAUUUACAAGAGGAGUUGAAGGAACUCUAUGAGAAGAUUGCAGAAAAAAAGCAGGUUGAACAGGAACUUCAAAGUACUUCAUUAGAGCUUUCAAAAUUUCAGGAGAAGUUGGAAAUCUCAAAAUCAGAAGCAGCUCAACUGGAACAGAACCUUGUUUCUAAAGAUGCUGCAAUGCAUAAACUUAUUGAAGAACUAAAUCUGCAUAAGGUUUCUGAUGAGCAGUUGAGAACAAAUGUCACUGUGCUGGAAAAUAUGCUUUCUGCUUCAAAAGAAGAUCUCCAAACGAAGCUUGUGAAUUUUGAGGAAUUAGAACUGAGGCUUCAGGAGAAGGUAAAGGAAAGGGAAAUGUUUGAAGCUUGCUUCAAGGACCAAGAAGUGCAGAUAUCAAGCUUAAGAAAUGAUUUGUCUAACUUGGCAGUAGAAAAGGCAACUCUAGAUAACAUUGUGACUGAACUUAAUACUAAAUUGUUAGAGAAGGAGGAACUGCAUACGAAAUUUGAGGCCAAACUUAAUGUGGCUGAUCAGGAUUUGAAGAAAACGGACUCACUUCUAUCACAAGCAUUAUCAUAUAAAGAUGACCUUGAGAAAAAGCUGGAAUUGGUUGAACAGCUCCAUCAUGAAUCCAGAACAGUUACUGAGGCUGCUACUAAAAGAAACAUUGAGCUAGAAGAUCUGGUCCAUGCAUCAAAUGCAGCGGAAGAGGAUCUUAGAUCACAGCUGAAGGACAGUGAGAUGAGAUUGGCAUCCACUGAGAAGAGAAUUAUGGAGCUUGAGCAACAAAUAAAUCUUGCAGAGAUAAGAUACCUUGAUGCACAGAGUGAGAUAAAGGAACUAAAUGAGAAAAUAACAGAGCUUACUGCUUCAUUGAAAGAAGUAGAUGAAGAAAAUGCACUAUCAAGGCGACGCUUUGAGGGUUAUGAUGACAGGGUCGACCAAUUGGAAUCUUCUUUGAGUAAGUCAUUUUCGAGAAAUGUAGAGCUUGAAAAUGAGCUUAAUGAUCUCAUGAAAGAGUGUGCAGAACAUGAGGAACAUGCUACAGCAAGACAUCACCACAGUCUCAAGCUGGAAGACUUGGUUCAGUCGUCUCAUUCAAGGGCUGAAGAUGCUGAAAAGAGAGCAGCAGAAUUAGAACUAUUGUUGGAAGCUGCUAAUUAUCGGAUGCAGGAACUUGAGCAACUACUGAGCAUCACAGAGGCAAAACAUAAAGAUGUUGAGGUCGAAUCAAAGCAAUACAGCAGCAAGGUCUCUGAGCUUCUUACAGAACUUGUAGCAUAUCAGACACAGACACAGAGUCUUGAAGCUAAGCUGCAAGCUGCAAACGAGAAGGAGAGGGAGUUGACAGAUAUCCUAAAUAUAGUUACCGAAGAAAGAAAAAAAAUUGAGGAUCUGUCUAUUAAUCAGGGUGAGAAACUUUAUGAAUCUGAGAAUCAAAUUCAGAUAUUGCAAAAUGAGUUGAAAUAUUUAAGAGAGAAAGUGGAAGGUGUUCAGAAAGACCUUGACAAUUCAAGUGUUCGAGAGAAAGAGCUACUUGAGAAGCUUAGAUAUGCUGGAGAACAGUUAGGACAUCAUGUAAAGAUUGUAGAGGAAGUUACUUCAAGAAAUAUAGAAUUGAAUUCACUAAACGAAUCAUUAGUCAACGAUUCAGAGUUGAAACUCCAGGAAGUAGAAGUGAGCUUCAAGGAAAGGGAGUCUGAAGCUAAAGAAUUGCAUGGUAAGUUAAAAUCUCUUGAGGAACAAUUGGCAUUUUAUAAAGAACAGGCAAUCGAAGCUACUGAAAGUGUUUCCUCGCUAAAGGCAGAGUUGGAGGCAGGUGCAGUGAAACUGGUUUCCCUUGUAAACAAUGUUGAGGAGCUUAAGCAAAAGGUCUCAGAAGCUAAUUUAAGAGGUGAACAGACAAUUUCUGAAAAUGAGUUGCUGGCUUUGACAAACUCCAAGCUCAGGGAGGAGUUGGAAGCUCAGCAACACGAAGUCAAUGAGCUUAAUGAGUUGUUGAAAUCCAUCCAUGCCGAGAAGGAGGCUACUGAUGAGCAACUCGCGUCUCAUGCAAGUACAAUAAUGCAAUUAACUGAUGAACAUUCAAGAGGCCUGGAGCUCCAAUUUGCAACUGAAUCUCGUCUUAAAGAAAAUGAAGCCCAGCUGCAUGAAGCUAUUGAGAAAUACAAGCAGAGAGAGAUGCAAGCAAGAGAACUGAAUGAAAAGCUGCUUGCACUUGAAACUCAGUUAAGAAAUCAUGAAGAACAGGCCAGUCUGUCAGCUAUUUCUGCUACAAGUCAGAAGGGCAAAUUAGAAGAGGCUCUAUGCAAGAUACAGGAUCUGGAUGGACAUGUUCAGCAAUUAAAAGCCAAGUCCGAUCAAUUCAGAACUGAGAAUGAAGGUUUAGCCAGACAAAAUGCAAGGUUCUCUGAGGAGCUUGCGGCAUAUGAGACUAAAAUGAAUGAAUUACAAGUAGCAUUAAAUGCAGCCGUUACAGAGAAAGAAGACAUAUCUGUACAACUUCUUGCUUCCAAGAAGGAAAUGAUGGAUCUCGUGCAGCUGCAUAACUCUGAUAAAGAAAAACUCCAGUCACAGAUAACCUCUGCUAUGGAGGAGCACAACAUGGUCAGCGAAAUGUACCAUAAGGCAACGAAAGAACUUGAAUCAACCAUAGUCCAGUUGGAAGAAAAACUAAGUGAAAAGAAAGCAAGGGAAGACUCUCUUAAUUCUCUCACAGAAAAUCUUAAAGCACAGUUGGCUGAGAAAUCUCUUAUGCAAUCACAGAUUCCAGAGCUUGAACAAAAGUUGUUGUUAGCUGAGAAAACAUAUAUCCAAGAGAUUGAAAGCAUGGCAACAGCUGCUGCCCGAAAAGAUGCAGUACUAUCAGCUAAACUAGGAGAGCACACAAGCGUACUCCAAGAAAGAGAUGCCUUAGAACAGCAAUUAAGGGAAGUUCUGCAGGAACUUGAUUUGGCACGAAGAACCAUUAUAGAACAGAAAGAAUUGGGCUCGGUGAAGGAGUCGGAAAGGCAAGCUUCCAUGAAGCAGUCACUUGAUGCAUUAGAGUCUAGGAAUCAGCACGCCACACUUCUAGAAAAACAAGUCGAGGGACUUCAGCAGAAGCUACAAGAAGCCGAAGCCCAUUACAGAGAGAAGGUUAUAGAAGAAAACACAAAGCUUGCACUUGUUGAGGUGGAGCUUAAUGAAUUAAGACUUAAACAGAGUCAAACCACUGAAAUGGAAAAGAAGAUAGCAGAGCUUGAAAACACAUUGCACUUGGCCCGCACAAGUGCCGAAGAGGUUAAGAAUGAGACCUCACAGGUGGAGAUGCAGGAUGCUGCGAUCGAGGUGAAAUCAAGAGAUCUUGGACUGGACACGUCAACAUUGUCCAAGAGAAAAAGCAAGAAAAGAAGUGACAGAGUCCACCAUGAUACAAAUACUGCUACUGUUAGUCCAAAUGCGCAAGUCGCUCCAGAGCGUUCAGGAGCCAUGGCCUUCAAGUUCAUCUUGGGAGUAGCCUUGGUAUCAAUAUUCAUUGGCGUUAUUCUUGGAAAGCGAUAUUAGCAUAUGGUUUGUGGACUUGGAUUCUUGUCUCUCUUUUUACUGUAAUAUAUGUCCAUUUGUUUUUGGACUAAAAAAGGGGAAACUUUGCAUGACGGAAGUGGUGCUCGAGUUGAUCAGCCAACGUGAUCUAUGAAAUCAUUUCCUGGGAUGUAAUUGGCAAGUCAAUAUCUUGUAGUUUUUGGAGACUGGUAGCUUUACUGAGUCUUGUACUUUUGGCUUGGCAUAGGAACUUUGUUUUCUGUUUCGUUCCUACAUAUACUUGAGCAAGCCGUGGGGGACUGCCUGCGACUUGCUUUGCUAUACUUGCGCUUGUAGAUGUUCUGUUAUGAGACAUAAUAAUGCUUUGUUUCA